UCGAAUCCCACACCACGCGCACGCGCACAGGUAGCCCUCGACACGCCACGGAUCCGCAACGUCGGCAGUGGGCCACGCCGAACAAACCCUUCCCGGACCCACACGUCAGCCUCCCCCCGAAACCCCCGCCACCUUUCCCCCAAAGCCCCCUCUUUUUAUGCCCGCCCUUCCGGUCAGCCAAUCCGGUCAUCGCCAUUCGCCAGCCACCAAACCCACGCAACAGUCACACAGCCGCGCGCAGCGCAGCAGUCACCUUGCCGCCGCCGCCGCCGCCGCCACCGCGCCGGCAGCCAGCUUAGCUUACCCCAGCCCCAGCCGCCUGCCAUGGCGGUGAGCAACAACAUCACGGCGUGCGUGACGCUGCUGGCGCUGAUCUGCGCGGUGCCGGUCAUCGCGUCGGGGGUCUGGUUCGCCUCCGCGCAGGGCGACGAGUGCGCGCGCCUGGCGCGGUGGCCCGUCGCCAUCCUCGGCGGGCUUCUCCUCCUCGUCGCCCUGGCGGGCUUCGUCGGCGCCUACUGGAACCGCCGCCGCCUCCUCGCCUUCUACCUCUUCGCCAUGGCCGCGCUCAUCGUGCUCCUCAUCGCGCUCCUCGUCUUCGCCUUCGCCGUCACGCGGGGCUCCGGCGCGUACCCCGUGCUCGGCCGCGCCUACGACGACUACCGCCUCGACGGAUUCUCCAUGUGGCUGCGCGGGUACGUCUCCGACGACCCCGGUCGGUGGGAGAAGAUCAAGGCAUGCCUCGCCGUCUCCGACACCUGCAAGAAGCUCCAGCGCCAGGCCGCCUUCGUCAACGCCGAGCAGUUCUACCAGUCCCGACUCGCGCCGCUCCAGUCGGGCUGCUGCAAGCCGCCGUCGGUGUGCGGGUACACCUACGUGAGCCCGACGGUGUGGACGAGCCCGGCGCGGCCGGCGGCGGACCCGGACUGCGGGCUGUGGAGCAGCAACCCCGGCCAGCUCUGCUACGAGUGCGAGUCCUGCAAGGCCGGCCUCCUGGAGGCGCUCCGCGACCAGUGGCACAAGGCCAACAUCGCGCUCGUCGUCGCCACCGUCUGCCUCGUCUUCCUCUACCUCAUCGGAUGCAGCGCCUACAAGAACGCCCAGGCCGCCGCCUUCUUCCGCCACUACAAGUAACUAACUGAUCCGUGACGACGAGCUGGCCGCGGCCGGAGCCGCGUGCUGGCGGUCGCCUUCAGUUUGGUUCAGCAAGCUAUGUGAAUCGUGCUGUGGACAAGUAGUUGUGGUUGAUGUGCUUUCUUCAGACUCUUCUUGCUUUGUGGUGGUAGCAGUAGACGUGUAAGAUGUGUAACAAUGUAAGGUAGUGGAGAUGUAAGAUUGAUGGCCGGGUUGAUGUUGAGAAUGAUCCAUUUCGAUGUGUUUUCCUUUUC